AUGCGACUUCCCUGCGUCCCGAUAUUUUGGGCUGUUACUACCCGUCCAGUGGGUGUUGGUGCACAUGCAGAGCCGUUGGACGCCGUCACCACCGAUGGUCAAUUUGAAGUUCAGAGGCACUUAAGGGUCCAAGAACGUGCACGUGACGAAGACGUAGAAGAGAGGAUAAAUGACCUCAACUUUGGCGAAGAAAUAGUAAGCUCGACUGACCUCGAACAUGCGGCUAAAAACAUUGAUUUCUCGCUUCUAAACUCGCAUCUCCUUGAAGGUGCAUCAGAUUCCACGAUUACCAAUACCAUGAAACGCCCGGCAGAAAAAUUUGAUCUAAACUCGAUUCCUCCCGAAGGUAUGUCAGAUACCUCGAAUACCUAUGAAGGUCCGGCAGAAAAAUUUGAUCUAAAGUCGAUUCCUCUCGAAGGUAUGUCAGAUACCUCGAAUACCUAUGAAGGUCCGGCAGAAAAAUUUGAUCUAAACUCGAUUCCUUUCGAAGGUGUGUCAAGUUUCACGAUCACGAAUACCUUAAAACGUCCGGCAGAAAUGCUGGAGCCCGAGAACAAAAUCGCCAAGAUUCGUAAAAUUGUGGUGAAUGAUUUUUUGGCCAAAGCAAACGAUGCACAAUUGCUGAACAUGGAAACGAAAGAAGGUGAAAAGCCUAAAAUGCCUUUCAUCGACGUUAUGUCACUCUUAAAAAGGAAGAUUGGGCCACGAUCUUUAAAGAAGCGAACAAGUACUUUUUCAAGAAUCAUAUCGACCCCGAGGAUGUUUUCGAUUUAUAUGGGCUUAAGUUUGCAGGAGACACCCUUUUCGAACAGCCACAGCUAG